AUGACCAAAACCUCUUCAAAAACCCCUGACCGCUCGAAAUCUCGGUUUUACCCCUGCCCCGCAAACGCGGCACCGUUCAGUUCCCCCCCGCUCCUGUCGCAGUUCUGUUGCCGUUGCCCAACGCCAAAUCUCGUUUCCACCCCCGGCCCUCUCACUCCUCCCCUUCCCCAGGCGCCAGUCCCUGACCCCGCCGACCCGUCCCUUCCGCCACGUACCUCGCCGGGGAUGGCCGCCGCCUCACCUUCGGAGGAGCAGCUGCAGCGGACGCUGGCAACGGAGGCGGACGCCGCGGCACCGACCACAAGGAGGACGCGGCUGCCGCGCGCGUGUAACAGCCGUCCCAAGGUGCCGCCCCAGCCAGCGGCCCCGCCGCGGCGGCCGGAGCGGUCAAGGCAGAGGGAGAAGGAGAAGGAGGAGGAGGAGGAGGAGGACGAGACGGCCCCGCAAUGCCGCGUGGUGACGCCGCUCUUGGCGGAGCCCCUGGAGCCCGCCGAGCUGCCGCGGUGGAGGCUGCGGGGCAUGUGGGAGCUCGCCUCCGUCCUCAACUUCCUCCACGUGUUCCGUUCGUUGCUGAAUAUCGCGGUGGAGUUCACGGCGGAGGAGCUGGAGGACGCGAUCAUAAUGCCCAACAACAUGCUGGACGACUUGCACAUGCCGUUGUUGAAGUCAAUUCCUCCCGCAACUCGAAUGGCCAUGGGAGAUGGCAAAUGGAUAACAGUGUUAUGUAGAAAAAUGAAGAACUGGUGGCAUCAGGUUGCAGAAGGCGAUCUACCAAUUGUUGCCUCACACGGAGCGGAAAUUGAAAUGUACAAGGCACUUGAGCCAGAAACUCGAUUAGUGAUCCUGAAAGCGAUAUGUGACUUGCGUGCUGAGCAAGAGGAUAUUCGGAACUUCGUAGAUAAUUGUUUAAAGAAGGGUUAUCAGCUCCAUUCUUUCCGCAAAGAACGGAUUGGGGGAGAUUCCCAUGGAAUAUCAUACUGGUAUGAAGAAGAUCCAAUCCUUGGGCACCGAUUGUAUCGCGGAAUCAGACAAGUGGAGUAUGUGAAGGAGCAAACAAAACAAUCUAAAGGAAAGAGUGUCUCAAGUGUUCCAGUUGUAUCCUAUAAGUGGGAAACCGUCGCAGCCAACUUUGAUGAAUUUGAAGCAGCAGCAGAAAAACUCUUUUCAAGUAGGAACAGGACAGAGGUCUCACUUGGAAAGAAAUUGAAGAUCGAUUAUAUUCCAGAGAUAGAAAAGAUUCACAAGAGGAAGAUGGGGCUGCUCAAAAAGCAACAAAGAGAAGCACUCCUCCUUAACAGCUACAUGACAUUUGAUGGAUUCACCUCUGGCCGUUCCCGUCGUGAAAGAAAGCGCGUCACUUAUACUUUUGAUGAUUAUGACCGUUCAAUAGACGAGGCCAUAAAAACAACAAAAAAAAGUGAGAAGCCAAUUGGUGUUGCUACCACUAUCAACAGAGGGUUACUUGACCGAACACGAGAGGAAUCAAGUAAUGGUAGGCUAUCUGGUCCCUCACCUGUAUGCAAUGGUUUCCAUGGAGAAUAUCCACUGAAGCAACAUGGCCACCAAGCGAGUGCUGGUGCAGAAAAAGCCGAGACUCUUCAUGGCAGGUGCCGUCAGAGAAAAAGAUCCCAAGGGUCCACACCGGACUUUGUCGAGUCUGUCUUGUACAUUGACCCAAACGUCGACAGUGAUGAUAGUAUCAUGGGCGAAGCUGUCUACGAUGAGGAAUAUCUUAGAAGUAAAAAACAACCCAGGGCAAGUACAUCAGAAGAUGAUGGAGCGUUCCGAUUGGAAAAGGUUACCGCUGAUAGUGUUGACCAAGAGGAGUAUUCUCUGAGCAGCGAAGAUGAGCGGUCUCAAUGGUACAAAAGAUCACCAACUAGCAGUCCCCAAGGGACCGGUCUGAGAACUAUGGAUGAAAUCCAAACAGGCGUCAGGCGCAGUAAGCGUUCCACCCGUCCCCGUAUGAAACAUCAGCAGUAUGGUCUCUCUGGCACCGAUACAGAACAGGGACAUCCAGGCAAACCGAAUGCAUCAGAUCCAGAUGUUCGCUCUGAUGCACCAAACAACGCGGAGACCUCUGUGAGAAGCCCGGACCAAGAGGAACGCCUUCUGCACGUAGUGAAGAUGCAUACCCCUGGCAGGGAGAGCAAAGGUGUCGGGAGAAGGUUCCUCCAUCUAAAUGAGCUUGUGCCUGCCGGUGGUCUCGAUGUUGCACCAUUCCAGUCUUGACGGUGAGAGCCGAGCGCACAGCACAAAUAACAACAGGUGAGAAACAACCUCCACAGCACAUUCAGGUGCUGGAAUCUUGGGUACUAGUAUCAGGUGGAAUUGCUGCCCUCAGGGGAGAUGGAUGAUCAUUCAACCAUGAGUUGGUGGUACAUCCACGACCACCAGCAAAUGAGGAGAUCGUCUCUGUGUCUGUGUGUAAACGGCUGGGAUUCCUCAAGCCUGAUUGAUACCUGAAGGCUGAAGGGCCACGGCGUGUGUGAUGCGCACGCUGAAUGCUUGUCCAUUGCUAGGAUGCAUGCGGUGCCAGUCAGACUGACGUUUUCGUCUGGCAGUGUGUGCGGCUUCCCAUCCUCCAUUGACAUCUUUAUGAGUGGCAGUGUUGAUGUCGCUUGCUGCUGCAUGCGGCAAUUCUUAACUGUUGUUAAUUGAUUGGAAGCUGACCUGGAUUCCUCCAGUCAUUUUGGUACUGUAGAUAAUUGCUUUGGU